AUGAACGGGCAUGUGAUUUCUACUGUUGGGAGAUCGACGAACAUUAAGUGGCAUGAAUGCCCGAUUGGGAAGCUCGAAAGGCAGAGCUUACUCGGGCAAAAAGGAUGUAUCGUUUGGAUCACUGGCCUUAGUGGUUCAGGUUUGUCGCAUGAACUCAGCUAUCCUGUCAUCUAUCCGUUGUCCGUAUUUUCACUUGGAAGUUUUGAAUUUUUUUUCUCCUCUGCACUACUUUGCUGUUAUCUUAAUGAUUUCUGGUGACAGAUGGGAUAUCUUGGAAACGGAAAAUGCAGAGACAUUGUUUAAUUUUAAAACACUGAGCAAUAGCGUCAGUUUUUCAAAAAUAUUUAAUUUUAAGACCAUUUUUUUUAAUAUCCAUAUUUUUAUUUUAUUUUUUGAAUCUCCAGUUCAAUGUUACUUUUCUGUAUAAGUUUUCUGAAUCAUCAUCUAAAAGUGGAAUUGGUGCUAUAGCUAGUUAUUUUGGCAGUGGAGCAAACGGGCUUUGGAGUCAUUCAAGAACAGAUGCUAAGGAGAAAUUAAUUGAGCAGAUGGCAUGACGUGAUGCUAAAUAAGUUGACUCCCCAGCACUUACUUCUAUAGAAAUCGAGGGAUUUGAUGCUGGAUUCCCGUGAGAGCAUUUUACUCUCUCUCUCUCUCUCUCUCUCUCUCUCUCUCUCUCUCUCCCUCUCUCUCUCUCCCUCUCUCUCUCCCCCUCUCUCUCCCUCUGUUGUGGAAGGUUUCCUUUCUAGCUUUUUUUCUCUGCCUUUCAGGAUCAUAGGAUUCGUGAACUCUCUGCUUCGAAAUAAAUCUUCUCGUGCUGUGAAUUUACUGACGAGAAUCGCAGGAAGGAUUUAUCUUACAGGAGAUCAAGUUACUUUAUCACAUUAUUUGGUAACAUUGAGAAGUCCUGUAAUUCCUUCGAGGCAAGAUGAUCAUGUAUGAUGAAAGGAUUGUGAAUUCUUUUUUAAAAAGUUAAAAUUUCUUUCAUUCAAUGGAUAACCCUGACUUCCACGAGGUAGACUCUAGGGAGGGCAGGCCCAUGCCCCAUGCCUCGCCGGAGUUUAAAGUAGUUCUGAACAUAAUAUCCAUAUCUUGUGGCAAUUUCUGUGGAACAUAAUGGCAAAUGUGGGUUACAAGCAGAUGUAGCAAAUUUUCAUGCAAUAUUUUCUUCUGAAGAAAAUUAUAGAAAAAUUGCAUUUGUUCUUUCAGGUAAGAGCACUCUGGCAUGUGCAUUAAGCCGGGAACUGUACUGCAGAGGCCGUUUAUCCUAUGUUCUUGAUGGGGAUAACCUCAGGCAUGGAUUGAACAGUGACCUGGGCUUCAAGCAAGAAGAUCGUGCAGAAAAUAUACGGAGAAUUGGUGGGUACCGUCACUAGUUCUUCAUGAUACCGACUCAUCUUCAACUUUCUAUGGUCAUUUUUAUCUUCUUAUUUGAGACCAUUUACCUCAACAAUCGACGAUUCUUUGAUAUUAAAACCCACAACUGUUUGGCAGAAUCAUUCAAUCGUGCUCUAGGGCAUCGUGGCAUAGGCCCUUUGGGAUUUUAUUUUUUUUCUUCUCAUAUCAGUCUUGAUCCGGUGUGUUAUCACAUGGCAGGGGAGGUAGCGAAGCUCUUCGCAGAUGCUGGGGUCAUCUGUAUUGCCAGCUUGAUUUCCCCUUACAGGAGGGACCGCGAUGCUUGCCGCGCCUCAUUGUCUGAGGGUACUUUUAUUGAGGUCAUUUCUUCUCCCCAUUAUCAACUCUGCCAGCGUAGAAUGUCUAGUCUAUCGCAGAGCCAUCAUUCUACUCCACGCUUUGUAUGAUUCAUCCACGCCUUGUCCUGUCAAGAAAAGCUUAUAUAAAAUAUAUACUGCGGCAGGUCUUCAUGGACAUGCCGUUGGAACUGUGUGAAGCAAGGGACGUAAAAGGCCUGUACAAGCUUGCACGCGUGGGAAACAUAAAAGGUGGGCCCCUGGCAUUCAGAGCUCCCCCCAUUCAUCAUGGAAAAAAAAACCUGAUUUUUUUUUUUUCCUCGAGGUCAAUAUUUAUGAAUCUACGAAAGUUAUUAUAAAACCUUUUUUAUUCAUUAUAAGUGAAAUAGAAUUCGAGCUGACCCAACCAUGCUAGCUUAAUGGUUCAUUUAACCAGUGCUGGUUGUUCUUACUUGGGUAUGAAUAAUAUGGGUGUAUAUUUCCUAAUUACCUCAUAAAAUUGCUUCAGGUUUCACUGGAAUAGACGAUCCAUAUGAAGCACCUUUAAACUGCGAGGUAAGGAGCUUGAUUCCAUAUUCAAUGUUCUGAUCUCUGAUGACGUGAAGUUCAUUGGCGCAUUAAAUUAUUGAAGAAUUACAGCAGAAGAUGGGGGAUGAACCAUGAUGGAAUAUAUUUUCUCCGAUUCUAUUAUUUAAUUUAUUUUCUUACCGCAUGGUGGGUAGAAUUUCAUUAGAAAAACUAAAUCAUGAUUAGGGUUUUACCCCUGUUGGUAGAAAAUUGCUGUAAAAUUACUCAUAAGUCCCUAAAUGUUCUGAGAUUUAUCGUUUCAGAUUGUAAUACAGCAGAAGGAUGGGGUAUGCCCUUCGCCCAGCGCCAUGGCCGAGCAAGUCUUGUCGUACAUGGAGUCCAAGGGCUACCUUCGAGCUUAG